AUGGAAGUAAGCUCUCUGCAUGACACUGGCAAUCAACUGGGUCACCUCGUCAGCGAGAGCGCCAUCAAUGACCUGAACUUGUGGGGUGAGGUGAAUCGAAACAUCAUCCGGACUGGGACCACGUUAGCCGGAAGGCUAAAAACUCUCGGAUCAAUCGAUCUAGACUACUAUGUUGGAGAUAACCGUAACUGUCUCACAGACACCUUCCAUGUUUUUGACGAUUAUUACUAUAAGGAUCACGAUAUUCUGUUCUCUCCCGGGGCUGAAGAUAACCAUUCCGUUGGAAUGACGAGAGAGCAAUGGAACGAGAAAGAGAUUGGAGGAAAGAAGAAGAAAGAAGACGAGAAGCAGAGCAACUCCGGAUUAUGCGGCAGCAAAGGGAAGAGCAAGAGAGAAGAAAUGAAGCAAGGAGGCGACGAGAAAGAGAACAGGCUAGAAGACUGA